AUGGCGGCGGUCCCGGGCACGGGGGGCCCGGGCGCGGCGGGCGGCGGCGGCGGCGGGGCGCGUGAGGGGGCGCGGGUGGCGGCGCUGUGCCUGCUGUGGUAUGCGCUGAGCGCGGGCGGCAACGUAGUCAACAAGGUGAUCCUGAGCGCCUUCCCGUUCCCCGUGACCGUGUCGCUGUGCCACAUCCUGGCGCUGUGCGCCGGGCUCCCACCGCUGCUGCGCGCCUGGCGCGUGCCCCCCGCGCCGCCCGUCUCGGGCUCCGGGUCCGACCCGCACCCGUCGCCCGGCCCGCUGCUGCCGCCGCGCUUCUACCCGCGCUACGUGCUGCCCCUCGCCUUCGGCAAGUACUUCGCGUCCGUGUCGGCGCACGUCAGCAUCUGGAAGGUGCCCGUGUCCUACGCGCACACCGUCAAGGCCACCAUGCCCAUCUGGGUGGUCCUCCUGUCCCGGAUCAUCAUGAAAGAGAAGCAGAGCACAAAGGUGUACCUGUCCCUCAUCCCCAUCAUCAGCGGCGUCCUGCUGGCCACUGUCACCGAGUUGUCCUUUGAUAUGUGGGGACUCAUCAGUGCUCUUGCUGCCACACUGUGCUUCUCGCUUCAGAAUAUUUUCUCCAAAAAGGUGUUGAGAGACUCACGGAUCCACCACCUGAGGCUGCUGAACAUCUUGGGCUGCCACGCCGUCUUCUUUAUGAUCCCCACCUGGGUCCUGGUGGACCUCUCCACUUUCCUGGUCAGCAGUGACCUGACCUAUGUGUCCCAGUGGCCCUGGACGCUCCUGCUUCUGGCUGUCAGUGGCUUUUGUAACUUUGCCCAGAACGUCAUUGCCUUCAGCAUCCUCAACCUCAUCAGCCCUCUGAGCUACUCAGUUGCCAACGCCACCAAGAGAAUCAUGGUCAUCACCGUGUCCCUGAUCAUGCUGCGGAACCCCGUCACCAGCACCAACGUCCUGGGCAUGAUGACAGCCAUCCUGGGCGUUUUCCUGUACAACAAGACCAAGUACGAUGCUCACCGGCAAGCACAGAAGCACCUCCUCCCUGUCACGGCGGGGGACCUGAGCAGUAAGGAGCACCACCGGAGCCCCCUGAAGAAGCCCCACAACGGCGUCCUCUUCCCCCAGCACGGGGACUAUCAGUAUGGCCGCAACAACACCUUAACAGACCACUUCCAGUACAGCCGGCAGAACUACCCAAACUCACACAGUCUGAACCGCUAUGACGUGUAG